CACACACACUGGUCAUCGUAAAUCGUAAAUGAGAAACUACGGAUGAAGAUUCUGACCCGGCUGUCGAAGGAGGGUUCCAGCGCGGAGGAACCGCUCAACAUCCCGCUGUCGGACUACUCGAGCGACGAAGGCGACACCAGCACGAGCAGCUCGGAGGAUGAAGCCGGCAAAGACAGCAUGGCGGAACUGGAGGGACCGUGCUGUUCCUCGCUCAAGGUGCCCCCAUCCUCACCCGUGCUGCCGCAAAAGUUCAAGGAAACAAAAGGUAAACAAACUUUAAGCUUUUCUUUUCCCCAGGGCAAAAAGCAGAGCCGCACGCCGACCCGGCCGUAUCGGCGCCGAUCGCGCAGCGCCCACCGCAUCGUGCUGGACAUCCCGACGGCGGAACCGGCCAGCGACUUUUUCGACUUCACCUCGGACGACGAGGAGUCGCCGUCGGCGCCGUGGGGCGGCCACCCGAUGGCCGUGUCCGACACCGAGAACACCGUCAAGCGCAACUUCCGGCGCAGGCACAAGUGCCGCGCCUCGGACCGCAUCCGGAAGCUGACGGCGCUGGGCUGCGAGACGCAGUACCUGAUGCCGCCGGAGCUGAUCGUGCGGUCGGCCGCGAGCCGGUACCUGUCCGAGGAGGACGAGGACGACAAGAACAAGAUGGUGAUGAGCAUCAUCAAGGAGUUCCCGCCGAUCAUCAACAAGGAGCGCAGCUGGCAGGGGUUCAACCGGGCGGAUAGGCAUCGCGACCUCAUGAAGGCCAUCAGCCCGGACCACUUCCAGGGCCACAGCCACAGCGCCCUGUCGCUCAAGCGGUCCAUCUGGACCGGAACGCAAUCGGACGGGUACGUCAACGAGGCCAUCUUCAACAACUCGCGCCCGCUGUCCUGGGGUGUUCCGCCCGUCCUCGUCAAAUCAACGUACUUUGACAACGAAGCUCUACUGACUGCCUGCUCGCAAAAGCUGGCCGCCUGGAAGGACGAAAAGCGCUCGAUGAAGGAGAAACACCAUAAAAGUAUGUCCCGGCUGCAGGCGGCGGCGGCCGCCGCGGCCGCAGCUGCCGGAUCGUCUUCCUCCAACAAGGAGAACCGCUCGUCGACGGCCGGCAGCGGUACGAAGCUGAAGCUGUCGCUCGCCGAGCAGUACAGUGCCGCUGGCAAGAGCAGCCGGCAGUCGGACAAGAAGCAGCAGAACGAUGGCGAAACGCCGUCGACGACGAGUGGGAUUGCCAAAGUGAGGAGGAAAACGAGGUGAGAUG